AUGCACUCAUUUGCAAACAAAUUUGGUUUUGUGGGAGAUCCACCUGGAACCCAGAUGAAGCUCUCGUUUACUAUCUUUGUAAGUAGCCGAAUGUGCUGUACCAGGCCACCUCAUGUAUCAGUUGGUCAGAUUUUUGAGAUAUCGCGACACAUGUAUAGACGUAUCACACUACUCACAAGGUUGCUGAAAACUGUUCGAGAGCCCACGACUGGUUUCGGCCUUCUUGAGGCUCAUCAAACUAGUUGCGGCAAAUACACUCACUUGCAACUAAAGCUGCUUUUCAUGGGAGACUCAAGUGAACCUCACUGUAUGAUGCUUUUCAACUGGAUGUGCUGUACACAGGCCGCCUCAUGUUUCAAGAAGCAUAGCGAAAUUCCGCGAACAACACAUACUACUCGUGUGCCUCCCAGCAGUAGUAUCGCCGUUACACUAGUAAGGUGUCUUGGAGCUGUUCAACAGUCCACGACCUUUUCAGCUCUUUUUGGGGCUUAUCAGGCAGGCGUAGUCUCCCGAUUUCCGUCAACUUUGUUUUCUACUUGGACCCAAAUCGGACAGAUUUAA